GACUCGGUGAACGGAUAGUUCUCCCUCUUGGUUUUUUUCCUCAAUGGGUGAUAGCAGCUGUUUGCUCCAAAACUUCCAGUUGAGAAAGCAUGGGAAUGUAGGAAGAUCACUUCAAAACAAAGUUACAUUGAAGUUACGGAUAUCUUCUCGGACACUUUGGACAAGACACACACUAACCUUGCCAAUCAGUCUUACUUUGACCAAAUAAUUCCAGACAUUUCAAGUUUGAACAAGUUCAGACAAAAGAGUGGGUAGCUAAGCUAGCUAGCACCCAACCUAGUAAACGGUCUGAGCGACGCAUCUGGACCAGUCUGGUAGUACGGUCCAGAACAAUGCAGGCCAUAAAGUGUGUCGUGGUUGGGGACGGAGCUGUGGGUAAGACAUGUCUGCUGAUCAGCUACACGACCAAUGCCUUCCCUGGAGAGUACAUUCCCACAGUGUUUGACAACUACUCUGCCAAUGUGAUGGUGGAUGGAAAACCAGUCAACCUGGGCCUGUGGGAUACAGCAGGACAGGAGGACUACGACAGACUCCGCCCCCUCUCCUACCCACAGACGGAUGUGUUCCUUAUCUGUUUCUCCCUCGUGAGUCCUGCCUCGUUUGAAAACGUCCGUGCCAAGUGGUACCCAGAGGUCAGGCACCACUGCCCCAACACGCCCAUCAUCCUAGUGGGCACCAAGCUGGAUCUGAGGGACGACAAGGACACCAUCGACAAGCUCAGAGAGAAGAAGCUCACCCCUAUCACCUACCCCCAAGGCCUGGCCAUGGCCAAAGAGAUCGGUACGUGCGGUGAAGUACCUGGAGUGCUCGGCCCUGACCCAGCGCGGCCUGAAGACUGUGUUUGACGAGGCCAUCCGGGCGGUCCUCUGCCCCCCGCCCGUCAAGAAGAGGAGGAGGAAGUGCUCCCUGCUCUAGAACCCUGCAGACAGGAAGUGUCGGGACGUGGGCACUCGCCUUGCGGGGAGACAGAAAACACAGACACAAAAGCAUUUUACUUCCGAUUCUUUCCUUCCUUUAUAUAUUCACUACUAGUACAGCACUGGGACAAACUGUUCCUUUGUUAAAAGAAACUGAACAUACAGAUGGGUUUUGAUGACAAUCCGAACCCAGUCCUUUUCUUUGCAUAGACACACACAUCACUGAAGUCUAAGAAAUUCCAGAGGCCUUCUAAAAAUGGAUUUAAACUUCUGAUGAUUAAAUGUUUUUGUAUUUCUUGCUCUUCCACUCGUAGUCCAUAUUGUUUGUUUACAGUCUUUAGAGGUUGUUUUAGGCGGAGCGUGACGUUGCCAAACUGCAUACUGCAGAUAUUAGAAGCUGUACAGCAGACACUAAACGUGUUGCACAUUUUUUUGAUUUACAUCCUAACAGUACAGCUAAUAAUUUGGCAUGAUGCACUGCAGUUAAUGGUUACAUGGGUAAGAUGGCAUUCUAUUUGGGGGGGGCAUUCUGUAUAACAUUAUGUAAAUCCAGAACUUGCCAAGUUAAUAGCAUCACUAGUUUUAUUUUCAGGUCCAAAUACAAAUUAAUGUACCAUUAAUCUAAUUUUACUAAUAGUGAUCAACUUAGGCUCAGGACCAAGUUUGGGAAACGCUGGUCUAUGCCAACAGUGCUUUUUGUCGAUUGGAAAAAGCAUGAUCCUUCAGUAUUUAAUGGGGGAGCUGGCAUGCCUCGUUGCACGGUUGGAACUGUCAGUCAAUAAUGUUUUAUUCCCCCAACCCCUCCUGAUGUGUCCUCCCUCUACUGUCUGAACCGAAUCGUUGCCUGAGAAAUGCAAAGCUUGCAACUUUAUAUGAGAAGAUUGGAUGUGAGGACUGUUUUGGGUGUCGAGAUAUGCGAUAAAAGCACCUUUUAUAUUAGUCUUUGGGCAUUUAUCAGAACAUUCAUGCAGCGAUUUCUUCUGUGUAUUUUAUUUGUGAAUAGCCCAUUUUGAUUCACAGUAGCCACCACUACUUGGAAAGUGAAGUAACAAAGAGAGCAUUUAAAUGACUGAGGAAUGUUCUAACGGUAACAAAGCUACGGUCAGUAACGGCGUAGUGUUUGUAUAUACUCAUCUUUGGUUAUAAUCAUGUGAAUUCAAUUGGCUAUUUUGUAUCAUUAAUUUUUUCCACUGAAGUUAAUUUACACAUCACUCACUGUAUUUUUAAACUAACACUAUGAAUGCUAUAUUGUUUACCUCCUACAAAUAAACCUUUAAUUUUCCUACAAGUCUAGCCUUUUGUAAUUAAUGCAGAUAGCAUGAAAUGUGCAACAUAUACUGAAGCGUGAUUUAGGAUCGCUAUAUACAUUUUAUAUAUUUUUUUUUACAUCUUUCAACUACUAGAUCAGAAGUACAAGAUAUUACGUAACUGUUAUCCAGGCAUCAAGCUGCGCUCCAACUCAGAGCCAAUGUUGUGACCCUUCAGUUUUAUGGAUAAAGCGAUUUGUAAAUUUUUUGAGAGCCAAUAAAUUUGAAUUAAACAGA